CUGGGCCUGCCGGGGCGGGACGCUGUCUGGGGACUGGACGCGGAGCAGGGCCGGCAGCCGCAAGCCCCACCAGGUGGGUGACAGCCUCCGAGGGCUCUGAGCCUCCCUGCGGGCCGUGGCCGGUUGCCCACUCAUCUCCUGCACCAUGUCGGACGGCGAGGGCCCCUCAGCCGAUGACAGCGCUUCUGCUGCCAGUAGCAUGGAGGUCACAGACCGCAUUGCCUCCCUGGAGCAGCGAGUCCAGAUGCAGGAAGACGACAUCCAGCUGCUCAAGUCGGCCCUGGCCGACGUGGUCCGGCGGCUGAACAUCACCGAGGAGCAGCAGGCCGUGCUCAACAGGAAAGGACCUACCAAAGCAAGACCGCUGGUGCAGACCUUGCCUUUAAGAACCACCGUCAACAACGGCACUGUGUUACCAAAGAAGCCCAGUGGCUCCCUGCCGUCCCCCUCGGGGGCCAGGAAAGAAGCCGCUGUACCUGCCGCAAACAAAAGUACCAUCAAGAGGACCAGCUCUUCCGAGCGGGUCUCUCCUGGCGGCCGAAGGGAAAAGUCAACCAACUGCAUUGCGGUGGUUGAUUCCAUGUAUGGGGACCCCGUGGGUACAGAGGACCAACCGUAUACCCUCACGGUGGUUAAUGUCACAUCAGAACGAGCAGGUCUGCAGGCCCGGAGAUGCUCAGGAAAGCUUGUCAGAAUCAAACCCAAGGAGCCAGUCUUCAGCGCAGAAGAAGGAUACGUAAAAAUGUUCCUUCGCGGACGCCCGGUUACCAUGUACAUGCCCAAAGAGCAAGUGGACUCUUACAACUUGGAAGCAAAAGUAGAACUGCCAACCAGGAGACUUAAGCUGGAAUGGGUCUACGGGUACAGGGGUCGAGACUGCCGUAAUAACCUGUACUUGCUUCCGACGGGCGAGACGGUCUAUUUCAUCGCGUCGGUGGUCGUGCUGUACAACGUGGAGGAACAGCUGCAGAGGCAUUACGCCGGCCAUAAUGAUGACGUGAAGUGCCUUGCAGUUCAUCCUGAUAGGAUCACAAUAGCCACAGGACAAGUCGCAGGCACAUCUAAGGAUGGAAAAAUCAUGCUCCACCUAUUUUAUUCUCAAAUGCAGUGUUGCUGUGAAUACUUUUUUUUUUUCCAGAAUGGAGGCAGCAACCUCUGUGCUGUGGAUGACUCCAACGACCACGUGCUGUCCGUGUGGGACUGGCAGAAGGAGGAGAGGCUGGCGGACGUCAAGUGUUCCAAUGAAGCUGUGUUUGCUGCGGAUUUCCACCCCACGGACACCAAUAUAAUCGUUACCUGUGGGAAAUCGCACCUCUAUUUUUGGACGCUAGAAGGAAGCUCCCUUAUUAAGAAGCAGGGAUUAUUCGAGAAGCAAGAAAAGCCAAAGUUUGUCCUCUGUGUGACCUUUUCUGAAAAUGGUGACACCAUCACUGGAGAUUCAAGUGGCAACAUCCUCGUAUGGGGAAAAGGUACGAAUCGAAUAAGCUAUGCAGUUCAAGGGGCCCACGAGGGUGGUAUUUUUGCACUUUGUAUGUUAAGGGACGGCACGCUGGUGUCGGGAGGAGGGAAGGACCGAAAGCUCAUUUCUUGGAAUGGAAACUAUCAGAAACUCCAUAAAACUGAGAUUCCAGAACAGUUUGGUCCCAUACGGACCGUGGCCGAGGGCAAAGGCGAUGUGAUCUUGAUAGGCACCACCAGAAACUUUGUUCUGCAGGGCACACUGUCAGGGGACUUCACCCCCAUCACUCAGGGGCACACGGACGAGCUCUGGGGACUGGCCAUCCAUGCCUCAAAACCUCAGUUCCUGACCUGCGGGCAUGACAGGCAUGCCACCCUCUGGGACGCUGUUGGUCACCGGCCCGUCUGGGACAAAAUAAUAGAGGAUCCAGCUCAGUCUUCUGGUUUUCAUCCUUCAGGGUCUGUGGUUGCAGUUGGAACACUGACUGGGAGGUGGUUUGUGUUUGACACAGAAACAAAAGACUUGGUCACCGUUCACACGGAUGGGAACGAACAGCUCUCUGUGAUGCGUUACUCACCAGAUGGAAAUUUCUUAGCAAUAGGCUCCCAUGACAACUGUAUCUACAUUUACGGAGUCAGCGACAACGGGAGGAAGUACGCGCGGGUGGGCAAGUGCUCGGGUCAUUCCAGCUUCAUCACUCACCUGGACUGGUCUGUAAACUCCCAGUUCCUCGUGUCAAACUCCGGAGACUAUGAAAUCCUGUACUGGAUUCCCUCUGCUUGUAAGCAAGUCGUAAGUGUGGAAACUACGAGAGACAUCGAAUGGGCCACGUACACCUGUACUUUGGGAUUCCAUGUCUUUGGAGUGUGGCCAGAAGGCUCGGACGGAACUGACAUCAAUGCCGCCUGUCGCGCCCAUGAGAAAAAACUGCUGUCAACUGGCGAUGACUUUGGCAAAGUGCACCUCUUCUCCUACCCUUGCUCCCAGUUCAGGGCUCCCAGCCACGUGUACAGUGGCCACAGCAGUCACGUCACCAACGUCGACUUCCUCUGUGAUGACAGCCACCUCAUCUCCACCGGCGGCAAAGACACGAGCAUCAUGCAGUGGCGGGUCAUUUAGUCCCAGCGAGAACCAGGGGAGCGGAGCGGCCGGAGCCACAGACUCACGUCACACUCGGUCACCGUGAUUUCUGCUUCGUUUGACAAGUUCUCACAAACCUCAGGAAAACCACGCCCUGUACGGUUACCUUAGCUUAGUGGAUCGGUGAGCGUCACAGCAGAUCAGCCGUUCAGGUCUCCCCUUUGUUGUUCAAUGUAUGAAACACACUUAAUGUAAGAAAGGAUGCCAAGGUUUACAUCAGGGUGACAUCGAGACGGGGCGGGUGUGUCCUUCGUAGCUCUUCCGUGAACCCGUCGAGAAGCGGCCGCGGGACGCCUUUGCAAACAUUGUACAUGGGCUUUACUGGCUCGCCGUCGAGCUCCGAGUCAGGUGUUAAUGACAACGAGGUACUGAAUCCUGAUCAGUUGCUUCAUUGGUUUUAAGAGGAGAAAUCAGUGGAGGAGAGAAUGGAUAACUGAUCUGCACGACUGAAUCAGGAAGUGCAAAGAAGACUAUUUGGUUACAUGUUCUAAGGUUUCAUUCAGUUCUCCCUCUGGGAGGCUGGUGAGAAAGGGGUCAGAUUCUCCUCGUGUUAAGCCGAUUCUACUCCAGAUCAAGUUCACGAGUGCCGCAGGGUACGCGGGCAUUUCAGAGCUCCAGCCGGACUGCCCGCCUGACCCAGUGCCGCAGCCACUUAACGCCUACAGGAAUCGAGUCCCCUCUGUGCCCCGUUCCCGGGCCCUGAUGCGUGGUGGAGAUGCUGAGCCACCGCCCUCUGUACAUUAAUUGGCAUGACAUGGUAUCGUCCUUGUAUAGGGUUUUAGCAAUUCAUGAUAAGUACGUAAGGCUGGCUUUACUAUUUAGCUUAUGGACAUUGUAUAUUUGUAUUUUAAGACCAAGUAGACCAAGUCAAAAAGAUCUCUCUUAAGUGUACCAUCCACCUGCAGCGGGGAGAAGUCCGGAAGGCUCCACCAGGGACGAAGGGCGGCUUCUUUUCCUGUCUUUUGUGCACGGACGGCUUGUUACACUAUGAAAUAAGAUUGCGUUCUGAUGAGUAAAACGUAGGUGGCCUGCACUGUCAAGAAGGCCUUACCCAUUUCAAUUGUGUGACAGAUUGAAAUUUAUUGUUUACAUUGGGGAAUGUAUCUCAGAUUUUAAAACAGAAGAGUACUAAACAGGCUUAAAGGCGAAUAUCAAGAUUUUUUUCACUUGUUCCAGGCCAGUAAAUGAGUUGAACUGUCUGAACUCUACAGCACUGGUUGUUUGGAGUGGCUAACGAGGCCGAGCACUGGGAAGCAUUUUUAUUACAUCUCCAGCCUGCUGCAGAAGUGCCGGACACCAGUAAACAACAUGUAUUAAAGAUGAUUGUUUGUAUGUAUCCUUAUCAAAUAUAUUCUAUAAUGAAAUAAGAUCUGGAAAGUGGAUUUCUUAUUGACCUAUAAUCGUGAAAGUGUAUAAAUUAAAGUAUUUAAAAUUA